CGAUGCAGCGUGGGGUAGGCUGCGGCAAUCUGUAUGCUCGGACUUUCGUAGCUUUCCUCCGACCUGCCCAAGACCUAUGACCUAACCAGCGACUUUUAUUCCCAAGUACACCACUACCCUCCACAUUCUUCUGUACAACCCGCGACCAUGUCAUUAGCACAGGCAACGAAAGGCGACAUGGCCUACCAAGUGCGCUCACUCUACCGCUCCCUCUUGCGCCAAAGCGGGCAAUUCGCCGCCUACAAUUUCCGCGAGUAUGCCAAACGGAGAACGCGCGAUGCGUUCCGAGACAGCAAGAACAUAACCGAAGAGCGAACAAUACAGGAGUUGGUGCAGAAGGGCUUGAAUGAGUUGCAGAUGCUAAAGAGGCAAACGGUGAUAAGCCAAUUCUACCAGAUCGACCGAUUGGUCGUCGAAGGUGGAAGAGAGGGCAAGCAAAAAGGGGAUAGAAGUGACAUCGUUAGAGUGAAGGACCAGGGCUGGGAUUGAGCGCUUCGCACAAGAGCGCGGGUAUGGACGACGAGACGAAAUGAUCUUGUAACACUAUGGCGUACAUUGCAUGGGGAGGCGAGAGUCUGUACGACAGCGGAGGAGCUGCGUCUACCUCAACGGCGAUGAUACGUUGAGAAUGAUGUACUGUACUAC